AUGGCGCCGAAUGUCUCCGUUACGGAGUCCGGCUGUUUCCUGAUCUUGUUCCUUUUGAACAGCGAGAUCCAUGCCGCGGUUAGAGUUUGUCCGUGUUCUCUAAUAACGCGCGUUCGCAUGGAAUCUGAACGCAAGCCAAGGACAAACUGGUUGCUAGCGAGUUCGUGCAGGGUUAGGUCGUGGCCAACGAUAGAAAAGCAGCAACAGCGUUCAACCGCAGUAAGGAACUCCGAACGCUGGCUGUCUUGGUUCGGUUCGCUUUGCAGCCCAGGUAAUUCCGCAAGUUCUGCCGGAGAAUGUUUUGGUCGCUCGUAUGUGACACACCAAAAUCUGCAGGAGUUCAGAAUCAAUGCAGAAGAGAACGAGCUCGGUUUCCCUCUUGGCGCCACCUCUGCCAUGCUGAAUGAAGAAGGAGUCGGCUGGCUGGACGUGAGCUGCAGUAAAGCCAUUCCAAUGGAACGUCACCAUUGUAGCGUUCGUUCAUUCUUUAUUCACAAUAAUUUCCACCGACCUCACGUACACUCACUUUCGGCGAACACUACUUCAGUCACAGUACCGUCACCGCCGUUCUGA